CCGUUGCAAAAGUCUGGGACGUAGGUGGUGGUGGGCAGCCAUAUUGUCUCUGAUACAGCAGAAAUCAUACAGUGGCACGGGCGCACCGGCGAAGGAGGGAGGCGAGGACUGGUGGUUUGACGAAACUCACGUUAUCUGGAAGAAUUCGGUCGUCGUACUGAUCAAGGGGCUUUUCCCACCUUGCCCCUGGUGGCCCCUUCCCCCCAUCCUCAGGCAAAACCUCCCCCAAACCCCUUUCCCUUGUGGGAUCUACUCCCUCACCCCUACCUUCCCUCCUCUUCCUCUCCCUUUCCCCCACUCUUCUGGCUGUCAUCCGCUGUAGUAAGAUCUCCCCACCAUAUCCGCCAAGCUGUCGGACAUGUCAGGACCCGUGCCAAGCCGGGCCCGAGUGUACACCGAGGUCAACACUCACCGGCCUAGGGAGUACUGGGACUAUGAGUCACAUGUGGUUGAAUGGGGAAACCAGGAUGACUUUCAGUUGGUGCGUAAGUUAGGACGUGGGAAGUACAGUGAAGUCUUUGAGGCAAUCAACAUCACCAACAAUGAGAAGGUUGUGGUGAAGAUACUCAAGCCUGUAAAGAAAAAGAAAAUAAAGCGUGAGAUCAAGAUUCUGGAGAAUCUGCGUGGAGGUCCUAACAUAAUCUCCCUCAUUGACAUAGUCAAAGACCCAGUAUCCCGAACACCUGCCUUGGUCUUUGAACAUGUUAACAACACAGACUUCAAGCAACUAUACCAGACUCUGACAGACUAUGAUAUCCGGUUCUACAUGUAUGAGAUCCUCAAGGCUCUGGAUUACUGCCACAGCAUGGGAAUCAUGCAUAGAGAUGUGAAGCCACAUAACGUGAUGAUUGAUCAUGAACACCGUAAGUUGCGUCUUAUUGACUGGGGUCUAGCUGAGUUUUACCAUCCAGGACAGGAGUACAAUGUCAGAGUUGCCUCUCGCUACUUUAAAGGCCCUGAGCUUCUAGUGGACUAUCAGAUGUAUGACUACAGUCUCGAUAUGUGGAGCUUGGGCUGUAUGCUGGCAUCCAUGAUCUUCAGAAAGGAGCCCUUCUUUCAUGGUCAUGACAAUUAUGACCAGUUGGUGAGAAUAGCCAAGGUCCUGGGGACAGAAGACCUCUACGACUACAUCGACAAAUACAACAUUGAGCUGGAACCUCGCUUCAAUGACAUUCUUGGCAGACACUCUCGUAAGCGGUGGGAGCGCUUCGUCCACAGUGAGAACCAGCACCUGGUCAGCCCUGAGGCUCUAGAUUUCCUGGACAAACUGCUGCGCUAUGACCACCAGGCCCGUCUGACUGCCCGUGAGGCCAUGGAUCACCCUUACUUCUUUCCCAUUGUGAAAGAUCAGUCUCGUGUAACUGGAUCAGCCAACCUACCCAGUGGGAACCCUGCUGUUAGCACAGCCAACAUGAUCACUGGUAUCUCUGCCUUGCCAGCCUCCACUGCCCUGGGCCCUCUCACUGGGUCACCGGUCCUGUCUGCUGCCACCAAUGCCCUGAGCACCCCGGUGCCCGCUGCUGCUGGCGCCCCACAGUGACACCCCCACCCAGAUUCACACUCAGAACACCCCCAUCCCUCCCUGUGUGAUCAAUAGCUCCCACUUCCACCACCACCCAGUCAGGAUGGGGGGAGGGGUGUCUUAGCAGUGCUCUGCCAGCCCUCACCAUAUCCAACCUAACUCAGCGUGACUGUGCCUCAGCAGCUGGAGGCAGCAGUUAUCUUAAGAAAAAAAAAGCAGUUUUUUUUCCCCCCCUCUGUGAAUGAGUGUUAACAUGACAUGAAAUGAAUGUUGUUUAACUGGUGGUCUUUUCAUUAUUUUCCCCUCAAGACAUAGUGAAUACAGAGGCAUGUGUGUUGUGUUGUGUGAUGAGUCGGAGAGAGAUGGUCAUUCCCCACCAUGUGUGUUUUUAGUUUGACAUGAGAAGACACUGGUCAGUAUGAACAUCAGCAGAAGGUAAAGGAAGGAGAUGUUGGCUGUCAGGACCAAAAGGAGCACAUCCUGUAUUGUUUACUACUGAGUAGCGUCAAACACACAACCUGACACUCAGUUGACCACCCCAGAAGAGUUGAAACACCGACCAGAUCACAGCAUUGUGGAAGUUUUUGGUGCUGUUCUGUGCACAAACACAAUGACACUUCAACACUUUCUCUGCCUGAGUAACUUUGUCUUGCCUUUCUUACCAAACAAGAUCACUGGUCUUCUUUUGCUGUGCAACUCACUGUCACAUCAUCCUUCAUUAGUUUUUUUUUUUUCCUCCCCUCUCUACUCCAAACAUUGGACUGUUGGAUAAAGGUUCUCUACCAUCAAGUGGUCUGUUCAGCUCUAGUGUUGUGUUGUGCGAUCUUUUAAGAAGCCAGGUAAGGUUCAUUCAGGUCCUCAAAGAAAUGGUUUCUCCAAACGUGCUGCUUACCAGUUCCUUGAAAUAUUUCAAGUGGCUUUUCUUGAACUACUUCAAGAUAUACAAGAUAUAACCAAAGUUUACUCAAGUUGUGGGGAAGAAAAGACUAACCAAUCUUUUGUUCUUUUUUUGGGGAGGGUUAGUGGGAGUUGCUGACAACAUGGGACCUUGUCAUCUGCUGGUAGGGCUGUCAUGAUACCCACAAAUUAAAUUCUGUGCUAUUGACAGACCAGUCAUAGGGUGCUUCAAUAAAUCGCCACAGAAGCUUUUUUUUUUCUUUUCUUUUAAUACACCUCUGUGCUUUAAAGCCACCUGCAAGGAUGUGUGUUUGUGCAAUUAGAACACAAUCAGAGGGAUUUUUUAGUGCCACUAUGAACAUUAUCGGUCCUUUCUGUUCCUCUGCUGACCUUUUUAUAGUAACUCGAGUAAUGUAACAAUUCUCUUCACAUGCCUCGCCACGAGUGAAAUGGAACAAGGAAAGCAAGUGCGAUCAUAAACGACAGCAAAACCCGAUCGAUUCUCCUACUGAUUUAAAAGCAUAUGUUGGAAGUACAGCCCUUAAUGUCAGGAGUACGUAUAGCAGAUUAAACUAAGAUAAAUGCUGCAUCAUGGAGAGCAGGGAGAAUUCCUUCACUGAGACAGCCCUACUUGCUGGUGACUCUGGGAGGAAAGUUCACAUGUACAGUGAGUGAGAUGCUUUUUUUUUUUUUUAAUUUCCCUUCUUUUUCCUUUAGUCCCACAGUUGGUUAGCUUUCACCUCGUUGAGGGAAGCAGUGAAGUAUAAUAGCACUUGAAAGUUAGUUUUCCCGUGUUUUAGUGCCAGAGUUCGAAAGUGCAAGUUUUAGUUUCUGCUGUACAUAUGCCUUUUUUUUUUUUCUUUUUCAUUUCAAAACCUGAAAAUGCAAAUAAAUCAGAACAUGUAUACAUUGACCUGACAACGGAGCAGUUAAAAGUCCCUACAUCACUGUAUAUAUUUUUCUGUCCUUAUGUAGAUGACUAGUAUUUGAAAAAUAUUUGUGUAAAUAAACGUGUUUUAUUUAUCAGGUA